AUGCCACGAGAACAAUCCGACGAAGCGCAGUGGUGGUUUCAAGCCGUCUACUCUGCGGUUCAACAGAUCCCGUUUGGCAAAUGCACGAGCUACGGCCACAUUGCGACGUUGCUGGGCUAUCCUAAGCGCGCGCGACAGGUCGGCAUCUGUCUGAAGCAUUUGCCUAGUUUCGACCCCGCGGAGCCUGACAAGUGGUUCUACCACGACCACAAUGUGCCGUGGCAGAGGGUUGUCAACUCGAAAGGAGGCAUCAGUCCGAGAGGAGACGGGGGUGAGGCGGCCAUGAGGCAGGCGGAAAGGUUGAGGGCCGAGGGCGUGGAGGUUGGUGAUGCGAGGGGCGUGGAAGAGAUGAGUGUGGAUUUGGGGAGGUUUGGAUGGUUUCCGAAGCGGCUGGAAGGGGAUGAUCAGAGUGAGAGUGAGACUGACGACGAGAAUGAGGACGAGUGA